ACCAAUCACAAUACAGGAAAUACACACUUACAUUAAAAAAAUUUAUCAUGGUAUUGAAACGUCACUAAAGUCUACGAAAAUUUGUCACAAUCACAACGACAAGAGAUAAAAUAACACAGGACAGGGUAAAAAUUAAUAUAAGAAUUUGUAAGUACACCAAUUAGAGGAGAGAGUAACAACCACAAGACACAAGAGCAGUUGUCGUAGAAACAGACACCAGUGUACAUAUUUCGUUCAAGUCGGAUAAUUGUUAUCCAUUAGACUGUUUGUUUUAUAAAUUAAUAAAUUAUUUAUUUAUAAUUAAAUUAUAAUAAUGGCACCAAAACAAAGAAUGCGCAUUGCCAAUGAAAAAGCAACCAAGAACAUUACACUACGUGGUAAUGUUCCUAAAUCAUCGAAACCACAAGAAGAAGGAUCACCAGUAGGACCUUGGCUACUUGCACUGUUCAUCUUUGUCGUCUGUGGAUCAGCUGUAUUUCAAAUUAUCCAGAGUAUCCGGAUGGCAUAAAAAAAAUAAUAAUUAAAGAAAAAAAAAUGACGAGCCAACAUCGAUAUUAACUCAUAAUGAAACACAAAACAAUAAACAUUGAAAUAAUUAUUUGUACCUCAUUGUAUUAAACAAUUGACUGGAAAUUUAUAAACAAUAUUCACCUAUUUACGACAACUAUUAAAUUAAGGCUCGUACAAUAUUUUACUACACUAAAUAAUUAUUUUAUUUUUUUUACUUCAAUUGUUUUUUUUUUUUUUUUUUUUUGUUAAUUACAAAUGAGCUCAAAGAUUCAUUUACGAAAACGUAGCAUUUAUAAGCGUUUAAAUAUUUAAAUUUUUUAUAAAUUGUAAAUGUCAUUUUUAUUUUCCUCAAUGGAAGAAAAAGAAGAGCCAUCUAAAAAUAUAAAAAUGUUGAAUUUGAUUGAAAUCAUGGAUAAAUCAUCGAAACAGAAUUUUUUUUUGUUCUAAUGUUAAAUACAAUGGAAUGUGCGGGUUUUUAUUGAUACGAAUUUUUGUGCUAACAUCGAUAAUAAUGAGUAUAAUAAUAAUAAUAAAUGAUUA